UUCAAUUCUUCGCCUCCGCUUCUUCCUUUUAAUUUCUGAAUGUUCGGUCUUCUUCUUCGUUUGAAGUUCUGAAAUUGUUGUUCAAUUUUUGUUCCAUUUUUCUUGUAAUGUUUUGUAAAUUGUAAUUGUCUGCUGCUGAUGGAUCUGUCUUGUAUUUGCUGGUUGCUGAUGGCUGUAAAUUUUUUUUUUCAAAUUUACUGAUGGCUCCAUGGCUCUGUUAGUCUGUUGCUUUCAAUUCUUUGCUCUCUGUUACUGAUGGCUCUGUUACUGAUGGCUCGAUGGCUCUGUUAGUUGCUGAUGGCUCUUAAUUUUUUUGUUCAAAUUUACAGAUGGCUUUGUUUGUAGUUGCUGGUUUUGCUGGGUGAAGGUUUAGUGUUUUGGAAUGUUUUAUAAUGUGCUAAUGUUUGUAAUUGCUGGGUGAAGGUUUAGUGUUUUGUGAUUAUUGGUUAAUGUUUUGGUUUAGUGUUCUCUCUUUUCCAGAUUUCCCUUCUCCCUGGAUUUCUGGAUGUUGCUGAAUUGGUAAUCAAUAAAUUUUCCUUUUUGCUGUAAAUCGGGACUUUACUAGGAUUUGUUAAAUUUGUUGCUGUAACUUGAAUUUGUUGCUUCCCAGUCACAGAAUCAGAACAGAAUGCUCAGUCAGUGCUUGAUUGAUUGGCUUUGCUCAUUGAUUGUAUUUGAUGAUAAAUUUGAAAUUGAUAACUUUUAAAUUUUAAAUUUGCACUGCCCAUGUUACUGAUUCACUGUUCUUUCAGUGCUUUUUGUUGUUGUUAAUCAUUGUGAUGAGCUUUGUUAAAAUUUGCACUGCCUAUAUUACUGAGUGUUCCCUCAGUGCUUUUUGUUGUUGUUAAUCAUUGUGAUGAACUUUGUUAAAAUUUGCACUGCCUAUGUUACUGAUUCACGGAUUCAUCCUUCUCGUCAUUAUCGUUGGCAUGAACUCCGAACCAAAACCCCAACUCUCUGGAUAAAAUUGUAACGAAAGCUGAUUGGGACUUUUUCUUCUACUUAAGGUUGAACCACCGGUUGGACCGGUUGGACCAAUAAACCAGUGAACCAGUGAUUAAAGCGGUUUGAUAACUGGUCCGGUUUUCAGAACCUUGGUUCUCUCCCUCACUUAUCCCCUUUGCGUGGUGCCCUAACCCAGAAUCAGAACCCAUCUCACCUCUCUCUUCUCUCGCCACUCUCUCCCUCAAGCUCACGUCGCCCCCUCAAGCUCGUCGCUGCCUCAAGCUCUCAUCGCCGCUCAAGCUCUGUUGCCACCUCAAGCUUUGUCGCCGCCUCAAGCUCGUCGCCGCUCAAGCUCUGUCGCACUCUGUCAUAGUUCGUAAGCUCGCCUUCCUGCUUCGGCCAUCAACGCUUCCUCGGCCCUGAGUCUGGGUUUAGGGUUUCAGCUUCGGCCCGGGUCUUCCAUCAACUCUUGCUUCGUCUCUCUGCCUAUUGAAGUGAAGCUUGCUCUCUCUCUCUCAAUCUCACAUCCUCACUCAGCCUCCGCAGAGCCGCAGAGGCACUCUCUCUCACACUCACGAUUCCGGCUCCUCUGCCUCCUCGUCGCCUCAGCCUCCUCGUCGCUGCGUCGUCGUCUCGCCUCAGCUUGAUUUCUCUCCUCUCGCCGGCUGCGUCACCGUGCCGCAUGCGUCUUCCUCUGCGUCACUGCGCCACUCGCUCGCGUCUUCCGGCUGUGCUUACACUGUUCCGCCGGCCGUAUCUCGGUUCUCUGUCUCCCUCUUCUCUGUGUGCGAUCAAGUUGCAAUGGUUAUCUUUUGCUGAUUUUGACCAUCUCUACCUCGUGCCUCUUCUGGCUUUGGUUCUGUGAUCGGAAUACUGUGACAUUUUAUUGGAAAACUGAGCUUUGGUUCUAUUUCUGGACUUCUGCAGAGCUGCAGAAAGAACACAAAGGUUUCACAAAUUCAGAACACCAAAAAUUUCCAUAAAAUAAAAAUAAAACAUUUUUAAUCAACCUUUAGUUUUGAUCGAAUCUGUGAUGCAACUUUUCUUGCAUCAUCAAUGGGUUACCAAUGCGUUCGGUGUAGCUUCCCAAUUAAAUCACUCUACGUUCAGUAUUCCCCCGGCAACAUUCGAUUGAUGAAAUGCGAGAAAUGCAAGGCUGUUGCAGAUGAAUAUAUAGAGUGUGAAAUUAUGAUUCUUAUGAUAGAUUUGAUGCUUCACAAGCAAAAGGCUUAUAGACAUCUUCUGUACAAUGUCCUCAAUCAACAAACAUUGAAGUUUGAGGGGCUACACUGGAAAUUGGCCAUUAUUUAUUUUAUUUUCGAUGCUUGUAUUCAUUUGUAUGUAGAAGCAAGGAACUCAUCUUCAUUAGUCUCAACAUGUUGCAAGGUGUUCAUGUAUGUCGUCUUUGGGAACAUCAUGUUUCUUCUGACUUUCUUCAUUAUGGUUAAGAUAUUUCUCAAUGCAUCAAUCAACAUCUCCAGAUUCAAUGACCUUUUGCUCACAAUCAUGAUAUCGUGUUACUUCAAGAUUUUUCUUAUUGCUAUGAUGGUCUGGGAAUUUCCGACUUCUGUCAUCUUCAUCAUAGAAUUAUUUUGUUUAUCAUCUAAUGCCGUGGCAUUGAACGUGAUGACUGAAUCGAGUAUGAGUCGAUGUGUUUGGGCCUGCUUUGGUGCAUAUGCUGUAAAGCUUUUUGUCACUCAAGUUCUAGAUCUCAGAUUUUUAGAGCAGUUGAUAAAAGGGUGGAUUCAAAUGUCCUCCUCUUCAUGAUCUUAAUUUAUAUAUUAGUAGCAGAAUUUUGAAGUUAGAAAUUGUAUAUUCAAUUAUCAUAUACUUGUUAAUAGAAAUAGUUAGUUUUUUCAGGAUAUAAGAGAUAGAUGGAUAUGAAGUAUUGAACACUCCCAUGUCUUAACUUUGUCCAGAAUAAUAUCAAUGAAACAAAGUUUUGAUGCAGAAA